UCCCAAUAUGAUUUUGACUUCUCUCCUCGGACUGGGAGCUAGUGCAGACAUCGAGAUUGAGCUUGACAAUAACGAAAGCAGAAAGACAACCAUGAUUAAGGACCGUAAUGAUAACCAGAAGAUGGCCUAUAUUUAUCAAGAUAAAGAAAGCAUUUCAGGCAGAUGUGCUAUCUACUUGAAAAACUCCAAGAGUAUUGACCACCAAGGUAUCAGGGUAGACUUGAUCGGAAUGAUUGAGAACUUUUAUGAUAAAUCUCAAAAUCUGAAAUUCUUAACUCUUUCAAGAGAGCUAGAACCACCAGGUACUCUCUCCGAAAACACCACUUGUGAAUUCAAUUUCAACAACGUGGAGAUGGAAUACGAGAGCUACUGUGGUAUCUGUGUCAGGGUCAGAUACUUCAUCCAGAUCAGUAUCAACAGAAGCUAUGGAACCAUAAAGGAAGACCAUGAAUUUGUAGUGUUCAAUCCCUCCACAGAGCCUGAUACUAAUCAUAAGUUGAGAAUGGAGGUGGGUAUUGAAGAAUGUCUCCACAUCGAAUUUGAAUACCAGAGCUCUAAAUAUACUCUUAAAGAUGUAGUUGUCGGAAAAGUGCAUUUCAACCUAGUCAGAAUUAAGAUAAAGCAAAUGGAGCUAGCCAUUGUGAGAAAAGAAACAGUCGGGUCUGGCCAAGCAAGUGAAACUCAAAAAGAGACUUUAAGCAAAUAUGAAGUAAUGGAUGGAGCUCCUGUUAAAGGCGAAGAGAUUCCUAUCAGAUAUUACCUAGCAGGAAUUGAUUUGACGCCAACCUACCUCAACGUGAGCAAGAGAUUCAGCACAAAGUAUUACUUGAGCUUGAUCCUGAUUGAUAGCGAGGAUAGGAGAUACUUUAAGGAACAAGAAAUAGUGCUGUGGAGAGACAAACUUUAGAACUAAUAAAAUUCAAUUUUAGCUGCAGUA